UUUGACUUGAAUGCUUGCUAUAUCACUCUGACCACUGCACAGUUUAAAAAUCCAACAUUUGCUAUAUAAUUCCUGUGAGUAGCUGGAAAUUAGCUUAUACAUCUGAUUUAACUUCUUAUGUUCCUACGUGCACAUCUGCAAUGAGGGUGUCAUACAGGAUUUUGUAGUAGAGGGGGGAAAUGAGAAAAUGUUGCUAAAAAAAGGUCAACUGUUAUUUCAAUACCCACCUAUGGACACUCAAAAGGGGGGGGGGGGGGUAUCCCCCCUUUCCCUGUAUGACACCCUGACUACACAGUACACUAAUAACUUCCUGUCACUUUCUAACAGCGAAGGUUCUAUACACGUGUCAUCAACGAUCUCAUGAAUUUAUGGAGCCAGCAGCUGAUUCGGUAUUAUGCUACACUAGUAAUAGCAGCUAGUGCGUGUCGUAGCGAUUACUACUCUAGACUGUUUUUGGCUGUGUAUUAACAAUAAUAUAUGUAACAGAUAGUACACAUGCAUAAUUAUAGGUUACAAGUUACGCGUACGAGUGGCGCCAGUGGCCAAAAUAAUUAUGGUAAUGUGUAUAGUGUAGUUGUGUUAAUUAGAUUACUAAUCAUUUCAUGUGGAUAACUUUACUUCCUGUAUUGUACUGUUCUUGUUAUUGUAUGGGUUCUGUUGGUUCUGUUCGUUAGUAGGUUCUUUCUGUAUAGUUGUUCUUUGCCUAGCUAUAGGGGCCCGCUCCAGGCGGCUCUUUGUGUAUGGGAGCCUCUGCUCCACUGCCUUUGUUCUUGUGCAUUUUAUCAGUUGUUGAAUACUAUUUCACUAACCUCAAAUGUCUGCAUGAACCUGCGACACAUAAUAAUUUCAAUGUGUAACAUGACAUGUUGACAAGUUAUGACAACUGUUGACCUCUCCUGACUUUCAAAUAAGCGAAAUCAACACGCAUGCCAGAGAACUGGUGAGAUAAACGUGGUUCCCUCACCAGUUCUCUGGCACAGUAGCAUAUCCCUCCCCCCACCUGCAUGGUUUUCAGAUGCAUUUAUACACACAGAUUAUUUCACGUAUCUUUCACUUGUUUACUGUAACCAUGGAUAUAAUUAGAGCUGCAAACCCUAUGCAUUAAUUUGGGGUUUAGUGUAAUCUACAGCCUCACAUCAAAACCGCGUUACAUCAAGGCCAACGUGCAGGUUUAAGCUUCUUAGCUUCUUAGCUUGCUCGCUUUUAUUCGACAACAAAGCUUUAACAUCAAAAUCUGCCAAUUAAAACUACUACCUUGUUGUGUUGAGGCUAUCCAUGGUACAAACACAGCGCUAUCGCAUCCAGGUGAGCAGACUCAGAAUACACUGAAUGACGACAGACAGACAAUAGACUGACCGACUACUAUACCCUGUGGCGCCGCGGCGCACCUCGGGUUAAUUAUGACCAUGUGAAGUCUGUGCAAACCACACCAUUGUAUUCUUGAAUACCUUAUGUGCUGUGUCACUCUCUCUAUAUGGCAUUGUAUGAAGGCUGCGUGCACUUUGCUAACGAGGGCAUAUAAGGUCUUAUCGCAUGCCGAUUCAAUUGCCUCAUCAACUCUCCUGUGCUACCUUUUCACGUAAAAGCAAAAAGCUGGCUUCAAGUGUGUAGAAUAGUGCGGAGAGCCUUAUGUGGUGGAGUUUAAGUUUAUCGGUACUGUAGCAUGUAUUGUACUUGCCGUAGUCAAACCAUAAUUAAUAUUGUCAUUAUUGUCAAACAUAAUUAUGGCUUCCUGCAUGGUACAAUAACACAUUACAUUUGGGUAACCACGGUGACACAUGGAUCUGCAUGUGCCUAGUUUGUAUCGUACCAAUUCACAUGACAUUGUUUCACCUCCCGAAGGAUCUCUUUCACUCGGUUGUUUAUCCCUGCAGCCGCCAUUUGCCUGUGAGUGUUAUGUAUGCCUUAUUUGCAACUGUCCAGUUUGUUUUAUUAGAUAUAGAUAUGAUUUAUUCUCCAAAUUUAGCCAGUAUAUAGAAAGUUUUUGUUUCAACCAGUACAAUGUGUUAUCCCCUUACAACUUGCUAUAUAGUUAUGAUAUAGUCGAUAGUUUGUCACUUUACCUGUGGUGUGUUAUGUGCUGAAUGCAUGGCAAAGCCUCGAGUUCAAUCUGGGCGAUUCAAACAAGUUUUUAUCGAACUUGUGUCAGUUGUAUUGCUGAACUUUAUAGAAUGGGAAAAUGAUGGUAUGAUCGAAAUGAUCGAUGCGUAAUUACAAUGCAGCGUUCUUUUCCUUAAAAAGCGCGGCAGCCUGGACCAGAGCUUAUGGUUGGCAGAGGUGAAUUUGUUUUUUGCUAGUAGAUAGACUGUAUCGUCUCUCUGCAGUUCAACCACCACUGUGACCAUAGAUUGUGGUGAGAUCUGCCCACGCUGAUCUCUUAAUUUCACAAUGAAUCUCAUUAAUAAUCUAUUUUUGGCUGGCUGGAUCAUAGAUCUGUCUGGAUCAAGCAGACAUACUUAGGUAUAUAGUAAUCAAGAGAACAAGUAGCUGUGUCAAGAAUAAGUGAUACUUUGUGUGUGGAUCAUGAUGGUUACCAGAGGAUACAUGUUACGUGUAGCUCUAAUCACAGUCAUACUGAUGGCCACAUCCAAAACUGUGUGUGGUGAAUUUAUUCUAACUGUCAACUUGGUCAAUUACACCAACCCAACCGGACUGUGUGCUGAAUGUCAUGACAUAAUGCCAGUGUGUUGUGAUGAGCUACCAUUCAAAUCUGGCAACUGUACCGACACAGGAGAGAAGAGAUGUGACACCAGGUUCCGUUGGACCAUCAGACCAUUCGGUACAUCACUAGAGACAAGACCCAGCAUGGGGUACUUCUUCACAGACUGUACUAUAUCCCCCAGCACUUGCCCAUUCAGUGAAAUGAGUACAGCAUUCGGUCAAGGUCCAACAGCACUACUGGGAGUAACACCCAAUCCUCUACCUGUUUCAAAAACAAAUUUUACUGUAUGGACUGGACAAAUUCAGUUUUUCAUAGAAGCAUUGGAUAGUGGACUCCCGAACAUAAUAGACAGUCUGUUGAUUGACCUGGACAACCUCCAACUUGGAGCAGACUUUCCUGAGGAGAUGACGUUCACUGGAGUCCACAACAUAUCUCACAUGACCAUGAGUUUCAGAGUCGAGUGCUCUCCUGGUUUCUGUGGACGUGACUGUACCACCACACUUCAGAACAAUCCACGAGUGGCCGAAUGUCAAGCUGAUGGCACUCUAACAUGUGCUGAUAAUCGAUUUGACCCUUCACCUCUUGUAGCCUGCAACGAUUGCCUCUACAACCUGGAUAUUACGACUGGCUGCUCCACUUGCGUACAGACCAACUAUGACCCAGUCUCUAAUUGCACAGCCUGCCUUCCUGGAUAUGAUAUUGGCCAAAACUGCUUAACAUGUAUUGAUGCAAACUAUGAUCCUUGUACAAAUUGCUCGACAUGCAUUAUAGGCACAAGAUAUGAUCAAUUGACCAGCUGUAUAUCAUGCGUGGACACAAACUUUAAUCCUCUCAAUGGCUGUACAUCAUGUUUGUUGGAACUCUACGACCUACAGACAAACUGCACCCAGUGCCUACCUAACAGAGAUCCCUCUACCAACUGCACCCAGUGCCUACCCAACAGAGAUCCCUCUACCAACUGUACCCAGUGCCUACCUAACAGAGAUCCCUCUACCAACUGCACUCAGUGUCUACCAGGCUGGGACAUCACCUCGGACUGUACUAGUUGCCUACCCAACAGAGACCCAGUCACCAACUGCUCCCUCUGCCUACAACCAGAUAUGUUCACUGAUACAGACUGCAGUGUGUGUGCUCUACCAGGAGGGGAUCCAGCAACACUCUGUCAAACAUGCUUGGCCACUAACUUUGACCCUAACACAAAUUGCUCUGAGUGCAUAGGUAAUCGUGAUUUCGGCUCCAGCUGCUCCACUUGUCUGCCUGGAUAUGAUAGUAGCCUUAACUGUGCAGUGUGUCUUUCUGGACGAAACAUAUCCACAAGAUGUACCACCUGUCUGGCUGAAUUCACUGGCAGUAACUGUGAACCUGUGUCUUCUGUGAAUGGUGGUCUUGUGGGUGGUAUAGCGGGUGGAGCUCUCUUCCUGGUGAUAAUCGUCUUGGUGAUCAUUGUAUGUGUGCUCGUGUGUAAAAAUCGAAGGAGAGGUCAUAUCCAAUUUGUUUCAGAUGAAGGAGCAGCUCGUAAUGCUUAUGAUAUUACUGGAACUGGAAGUGGAUCGUCAGCAGAACAUAAGUUUCAGAAUCCGAUAUAUGGCCCGGGAUUGGAAAUGGACUUAAAGACUGGAACAGGGUCAUCAGAUGAUCACGCAUUUACUAAUUCACUGUACGAGACCUCGAACGUACACACAGCAGAUGGUUACUCUCACCCUAGUGUCAGCCCACCCUCACAUACGGUAAAAACAGGCACCCAGGAUCUUACGUCUACUCUCGAUGGACCAACGUACAAUACAGCUAGCUGUCUUGAUAACAACCUGCCAAGAGAAGGCACACCUGUUUACGACACAGCUGAUCAUACUCAUCGACCACCUUUUACCAACCCACAGAAUAAAGACUAUUCUAAAUUGCAUCAACCUCGCAACCCACCAGAUGAAGACUAUUCUAAACUGCGCCAACCUCCAAUAACAAGUGUAACACCUCAACCGACUUCUCUGGCUGACUAUGACACGGCCACAUUUAUUGAGCAGCCUGUCUAUGACGAAGCCUUCCCUCCAUUGGGUGAUCCCCUUUCUAAGAAGGGGACCAGACAUCCAUCAAAGUCUGCUGGAGCUUAUGAAGAAAUUGAAGAUGAAGAUAUUCGUGGGAGAGACGAGUACGAUACAACUUACCCUCCUCCUGCAGUUAUACCUAGUGUUAAUGCAUACUCGAAAGUGGGUAAACUUGAAGCUGAGCUUCCUGCAUACGAUGUAGCAAAUAAUCAUCACCCGAAACAGGUACAGUCUAAAGCUCCACCUCCUAAUGGAAGUCUGUACAAUACUGCCGAUUAUCCCCAAGAGCAAGCAACUCGACCUAAACAUAACUAUACAGAAACUAGCGACUUUCUUCCUACUUCAAUAAAAAAGGAAACGUCUCUAGCUCAACACACUUAUGAUUAUGCAGAUGCAAGCGAAUUCCUUUCUGCUUCCUCCUCUGCCAAACAUUCGUAUGACUACGUGGACAAUCCUAUAGAUGGUACGAAUGCAUUGCCCCCUGCAUUGGCCUCCCUGGCUAGCUCUGUGUACACGAACACAACGCCUGACAAGAUAGCGCUUGAGGCCGAGUCUCAUUAUGACCUAGGGCAGUGAGUGGACAUGUUCGUUUUAUAUUAUUUUUAGAAGUGUGUGUUGUGUGUUUCACAUUAUCAGAUUAUAAUAUUACGACUGCAUUUACCUUCAAUUCUGGUUCACCUGAACUGUUAAGUUUUAAUCGUAAUUACAUAUCCCUUCAAAUGGUUUGUCCUUUUUUGCACUGCACCAUUAUUAUUUCUGUUGUGUAUCCCACAGUAUUGUACUAACCAUUAUUAUUUAAAAAAAACUUCGAUUGAAAGGACACACAUGCACACUACGUGUAUGUGUUAUGUCAUCCAUGUAGUGGUUGUUGUUUCUGUAUAGUGUGAGCACGUUGGUGUGACUGUGUGCUUUCUGGUGGUAGCAGCUGGCCUAUGUAUAUGGGAGGUGAUUACCGCCAAAAUUAGCAGUGAAAAAGUAGAGGCGCGUUUUGCAAAAAUAGAUGGUAUGAUUUUUUUACAGAGGUGUGUUUUGAAAAAUAAGCGCUGCUCUUUUUUAUACAGAGGUGUGUUUUGAAAAAAUAGGUGGUGCAAUUCUUCUAUGGCUGAAGCUGCUCAAGUGUGUGUCUUUAUUUUAAAGAUCCUGGUUCCACCUGUGUCAACGUGUCUA